AUGUCAAAAACCCCAAUUAAAGGCAGCACUGUUAUUGUGACUGAUGAAAGCCGAGAUAGGAACUGAACUGAGUGGGAUAUUGAUAAAGACGAAUAUGAGUACUCACAAGAAAGCUUUCAUAAAGAAAACUCAAUCAUUUUUCAGGAUGAGCUUGAUGAAGCUCAAGAAAGAAAUAAUGAAGAAUUAAUAUUAGAUAAUAGAGAGCUGUAUGGGUCUCAUGGAUACUCAGGAAAAAGAAGAAUAUUUAGCGAUUUAGAAGAGCCAUUAAAAAGUGAAGAUAUGAGGGUGCUAAAAUCUGCUGAUGAUUUUCUAAAAAAUACUUCUGAGCUAAAAAAUUUAUUGUUGAAAAAACCUGAAAAUAUUGAGGUAAAAGACCCAAAUCAAAAAAUGAUAAACAAUAUCAAUGAAAUUUUGGUAAAAAAUAAUUUUCAGCCUUUAGAGCAGACUGUAAAUGUGCAAAACUUAUUGCGAACUUUGAAUGAAGUUUUAAUGGGUUUUGAUAAGAAAAAUAUUGAUGAAAACGAUGGCACAGAAAUUAUAUUCAAAAAAUUUUAUGGUAGAAAUUCCAGUCCAAAAAAUCCUACUGAUAUAAAAACAUUUGAAUUAAUUUUAAGUUAUGAAAAUAAGACCAGAGAACUUAAUCAACAUAUUCAGCAAUUAGAAGAAAAUUUAAGAAAUGUAAAAUCAUAUGAUAAAUACCAAGAUUUAGAAGAUGAAUAUAAUGAGCUUAAACACGAUUUCCAUAAAUUGCAGCAAGAACUAUCAAAAUCUGAAAAUUUAAAUGAAAACUUGUCCAAAAAAAAUGACGAAAACAGUACAAUUAUAAGUGAAAUUUGUAAAAUUCUGACAUUAAAAGAUUCUAAACAUAUAGUAAGAGCUGUUGUAAAGCUUGAAAAAGUGCUGAGGGCUGUUCCGCAUUUAGAAAAAUUUAUCAGAGAAGUUUGCAUUAUCGUCUUCCCAGAUCUCAAAGAAGAAAAAAAUAAAUCAAUUUGUAGCCAAAGAAUGGAUGAUGUAAUCCCGAAGUUAAAAAAAGUGUUUUCAGAGCUUGACCAAUUAAGAAGAGCAAAAGAAAAUCACAUGAGAAAUAAAAGUCCCAUAGAUGAAGCCAGAACAAAUGCUCAGUCUACAUCAAGAAAAAUGAACCCCUUAGAAGAUAUAAGCAGAAACACCCCAAAAAGUGCUAGAAGAGAAUUUACUUUUGAAGAACAAAUCGUGCAGCAUUUUUGCCAUUUAUAUGAAAUCCCUGAAGAGAAGCCAAUGAUUUUAGCCAAAAUCGAUCAGAUUUUUAUUUUUGUGCGUGAAAUUGAAUCUUUUUUGAAGAUGUCUAAAGCAGCUUUAAGAUUAGAAGAAGACGUAUCAAUGAAUGAAGUCCUUCAUAAUUUAAAAGCAAUAAUAAAGACAAUAUAA